AUGGUUGAUAAGCUAAGGCGUAUAAGGCUUGGGGAAGGAGAUGCCGCUGCAAUUCUUAAAUAUUUUGCAAAGAUGAGUACGCAAAAUUCUGGUUUCUAUUAUAAGGUGGAUUUAGAUGAGGAGGGUCACUUGGAUAAGGUGUUUUGGGCAGAUGGUAGGUCUAGAGAAGCAUAUAAGGAAUUCGGCGACGUUAUCUCAUUUGACACUACAUACUUGGUGAACAAGUAUAAUAUGCCCUUUGCCCCAUUUGUAGGGGUAAAUCACCAUGGACAGUCGAUAUUACUUGGGUCUGGGUUGGUUUCCCAUGAAAAUUCUGAUUCAUUUGAGUGGUUAUUUUCUCAGUGGCUUGAUUGUAUGUCUGGACAUGCACCUCCAGCAAUAAUUACUGACCAGGAUCUGGCCAUGAAAAAGGCAGUAAAAAUUGUAUUGCCAAAUAGCAGGCAUAGAUGGUGUUUAUGGCAUGUGAUGAAAAAGUUGCCGGAGAAGUUUAAAAGCUAUAAAAACUAUGACCGCAUUAAGUAUUCAAUGAAGAAGGUAGUAUAUGAUACACAAUAUCCGUCGGAAUUCGAAACUAAAUGGAAGGAAAUGAUAGAUAAGUAUAACUUGUCCAAUAAUGAGUGGUUAAAGGAUUUGUAUGAAGAUAAGGAGCGUUGGGUACCUUGUUAUUUGAAAGGAACUUUUUGGGCUGGAAUGUCCUCUACACAAAGGUCUGAAAGUAUGAAUUCAUUUUCGACGGAUACCUCCGUCCACAAACAACUCUAA